GCGGCUUGAGGCCGGGGUGAACAGCCUGGCCUGGCGCCGCCGUUGCCAUAGCUACAGACGCAACCCAGUGAGGGGGCGGGCCUGGGGCGCACGUCAUUCCUGGCGCGACGCUCCUCCUCGCUCCCGCCUCCUGGUCGGAGACCCUCUGCCCGCCUCGCGGGCGCUCCACCUGCGCGCCGGCUUCCCGCUGCCCCUACCCCGGUUCUGCGCCGGCGCGGUACCCAGGCGCGCGGGGGAGCUGCGAGGCGCAUGCGCGGUGCGGGGCCCGCCGCUCUGCUGCUGUCGCUGCCGCUGCCGCCGCCGCCACCUCCGCCGCCGCCGUUACCGCCUCCCUGACGGCAAGUGUGUGAGGAAGGAGCUAAGGGUCGCCGCCGCUGCCGCCGCCGCCAUGGGGAGAAAGUCGAGCAAAGCCAAGGAGAAGAAGCAGAAACGGUUGGAGGAGCGAGCAGCCAUGGAUGCCGUUUGUGCCAAAGUGGACGCUGCCAACAGGGUGACUCUCCCAUUCUUCCCAGUCCUUGCCUCCUGGGACUUCCACUUGAGAAAGGGGUUGAAUGUCUCCAUUGAAUGUAAGCGAGUGUCUGGACUAGACCCUGCCACCGUGGAUUGGGCCUUCGACCUGACCAAAACGAAUAUGCAAACCAUGUAUGAGCAGAGCGAGUGGGGCUGGAAGGACCGAGAGAAACGGGAGGAAAUGACAGAUGACCGAGCCUGGUACCUCAUUGCUUGGGAAAACAGUUCUGUCCCUGUUGCCUUUUCUCACUUCCGGUUUGACGUGGAGUGCGGGGAUGAAGUCCUGUACUGCUAUGAAGUGCAGUUGGAAAGCAAGGUACGGCGGAAAGGCCUGGGGAAGUUCCUCAUACAGAUCCUGCAGCUCAUGGCCAACAGCACACAGAUGAAGAAGGUUAUGUUAACAGUAUUUAAACACAAUCAUGGCGCCUACCAGUUCUUCAGAGAAGCGUUGCAAUUUGAAAUUGAUGACUCUUCCCCCAGCAUGUCCGGUUGCUGUGGGGAGGAUUGCUCCUAUGAGAUCCUGAGCCGGAGGACCAAGUUUGGGGACAGUCAACACUCCCACGCGGGUGGGCACUGUGGUGGCUGCUGCCACUGAACUCUCAGAGCCACUUGCAAGUCACAGUGCUCUCUCCUAAAGCCUUUCCUCUUUCCUGGUCUCUCCGUUUGCCAGGUGCCCUCAGGGCUGUAACCUCCCCAGCCCUGCACGUGCCAGGCUGCAGCCCGAGAGCACAGAAUCCUGGAGAGAAGUGGUAUGAGCUGCUCCUCCUCCUCUCCUAGGAGACCAGAAUGCUGGGAGGGAAUGAAGGGGAGAGGGAAGAGUGGGUGGGCCUGGCUGUGAAGCUCAUCCUCCACGGUGGCUGCCUCUUCACUUGGCUUCUGGGCCCUGCAGUGGAAGUUCUCCCACUGCUGCAGCCCCUAGAUUCCUGGCACCGUCCCCGCCCCCAUACACACACACUUGGACAAAUGGAAUGUUUAUGCCCACCUUUAUGAAAGUUCUGGAGUCCUGGGUCUAGGGUUUGCUGAUCCCCAAAUUGAAACACACUGGGUAUAAGAUCUGGGCAUAGAGGGAGGCUUCAGAGAGACUCACGCUUUCACAGAUGGAAUGCUCCUAUGGAGACUGUGGGAAGAUCUUUUGUGCCAAGAUGCAGGGAAGUGAAGAAAGCUCUUUCCAGCUGUUUUUAUGGAUUCAUGGAGUGGGCUCACGUUGGGACCAGCUGACUCUGGGAGGAGGACUGCUUCUCUCCAUCGCUGUCAGUGAGAGAGAACCUGAAAGAACCAGGAAUGAGGUGUUCUGUGCGGCCCGCCGUGGGGAUGAUCUUCUUUAGGCUCCUGGUCGUGGCUGCAUUCUGAACUUAACCUCCUGGUCUCAUGGCAGUCACUUGAGCUUUUGAUUCAUAGAAGAAA